AUGUUCAAAGCAAAAGAGUUAGAGAAUGAAGAUGGAAGAGGGGAUGUAAGCAGAAACGAACCCGAUCCUAGUGAGAAAAGGAUGCUGGCAAAGGACUCUAGUAAUAGUUUUUGGAUUACUUUCAAUUGCCCCCUAAUGAAAAAGUUUGCUGUUUGUGAAAAUAGUAGAAGAGGAGCGGGGUGUUAUGAUUUCUCUUGCAGCAAUGGCGGAGUUGGUGAUUCCUCAAGUGUACAACCUCAGGAUGCAGAUUACUCCUAUGUUCCCCAACUCAGUGAUGAGCUAGAGAAUCUGAUUUUGGCAAGAGUUCCGAGAUCAGAGUACUGGAAGUUUCCAAUCGUGAACAAGCGGAUACUCUCUCUUGUAAGGAGUGGUGAGCUCUUUAAGAUUAGGAGGGAAAUUGGUGUUAGAGAAUCGUCUGUUUUUAUUUUUGCAACUGGGGAUAAAAGUUGGUGGGCAUUCGAUCGACAAUUCGGCUCACGCAGGAAGCUUCCAGAUUUACCAGCAGACUGUUGUUUCUCUUUCGGAGAUAAGGAAUCCCUUUGUGCCGGAACCCAUCUGAUUAUUUCAGGCAGGGAGAUAGAAGGUGUUGUUGUUUGGAGAUAUGAAUUGGAAACAAAUAGAUGGAAUAAGGGUCCUUCCAUGAUUAACCCUAGGUGUUUGUUUGCUUCUGCUUCCUGUGGUGCCUUUGCUUUUGUAGCUGGUGGAGUGACUGGGACUGGUGUUGAUGUUCUAAAUUCUGCAGAGAAAUAUAAUCCAGAUACUAAAUCAUGGGAAGACCUUCCAAGGAUGCAUCAAAAAAGAAAGCUUUGCUCUGGUUGUUUCAUGGAUAACAAGUUUUUUGUCAUUGGAGGGCGGAACGAGGAGGGAAAUGUUCUGAAAUGUGCUGAAGCCUAUGAUGAGGAUAAAAAGGCAUGGGAGCUGAUCCCAGACAUGUUGGAGGAUGCACCGAUUGCUACUUUCCAGUCUCCACCCCUAAUUGCUGUUGUUAACAAUGAGCUUUACUCCCUCGAGCCUUCAUCAAACCAGCUGAAGUUAUUCUUGAAAAGGAGCAAAACAUGGAAGCAAUUGGGACCAGUGCCAGUAAGAGCAGAUUCUAACAAAGGAUGGGGUGUAGCAUUCAAGUCUCUGGGCAACGAACUACUUGUAAUAGGUGCAUCUACAUCCACAGUUUCUUAUUCUGGGGAUGGCAUGGCCAUAUACACCUGCAGUCCGGAUUCCGAAGCUGAGGAAUUGCUAUGGAGGCCUCUUGAGUGUGGCAAAAACAGGCUGAGUAACUUUAUAUUGAACUGCUCUGUCAUGGUAGCUUGA